GCCCCGCACUGCUGCCGCACCGCCCCGUGGGGUCGCCGGCAUCGUGGACGUUCGGGGUACGCUGUGCCUCUCGCCCACCCCGGCCCCCUGAGCGCCCUCGGCCGGGGCGGCGGCGGCGUGGGGGAGGCGGCCGGACGCGUUGCACCGGGCAGGUGUCACCACGACCUCUGUGACCUCCAGUGAGAAACAUGCUGUAGUCUCUUCAGAUAAAGAUGGAUAACUGAGCAUCUGAUAACCUGUGUUCAGAAGCCAUGAAUUCCAGAAAAGUGCUCCCAGAAACACGGAGAAUCUUCCCUGCUACUAAAGUACACUGCCAGCAGCCAUCGCAGAUCCUCAUUGUAGAUGUCACAGCACCUUGCUGGACCAACACAUGUUCCGUGCUCUCAGAAGCUCUGGAAAACACACUCUGUCUGGCGUGCAGUGUGACAGGCCCCUGCCGCAUUCCCCUGCUGAGCCUCUACGUGGUGCAGAGCAAUCCUGAGUGUCUCUUGCCCUUCACGCAAGUGAGAGAAAACUUUGCAAGAAUCCAAGCCUGCAUUUCAGAGCUGCGUUCGCUGCCGCGAGAAGGCUCUUUCCUGCAUGGGGGAAGUGGAGUGGUACAAGCUGCGCAGGAUGGGCUGCAACAGUUCAAGCAGUACAGCAGGCACACAGCAGCAGGAGGCUCAGCAAACGGUUCUGUUGAGAUCACAGUUUUGACCGGUCGGUCCAGCAGGGAGAUGGUGAAGCAGCUGGAAGAGACAUUAAAAGACAUAGACGUUGUGAGCCUGCGAAGAAUACAAAUAAUUGAAGUUUUGAAGAGAGAUUUUCUGGACCCUGAGGACACGGAGCAAUGUGUGCCAGCAGAGGAGCCCAGCAGCAGUGACAUUGCAGUCCUGGGAAUGGACAUCGACGUGCAAACUGUAGAGGACAAUGUCAUCAGCUUGGAGAUGGUAUUUAAAUCAUGGCUGCAUGACUAUGGCACAGAGAGAGAACACCUCCACCUCCUCCUGCCAUCAGGAAGCUUUGGCCAUGCCUCUGCGCCCAAGACCACCCUAAUGUGCCUCAAGUGCGAUUUGCAGGAGAGACUGCUGGACCCAGCUCUCCUCUCUGGGACGGUUGAUGGCACUGUGAAAGCAGCGGAUCUGAACUCACCCUGCCAGAUGGCAGCCUGGCCAGCUACAGUGCUGUGUAAGCUCUGGGUUGUGAAGGCUCUGAAGGCUGAAGGGGUCUGUGAGUCUGUACUGUAUGGGCUGCCCUUCAUCAUCAAGCCCACAACCUGCUGGCAGCUGGACUGGGAUGAACUGGAGAUCAACCAGCACAGCUUCCAUGCACUGUGCCAUAGUCUUCUGAAAAGGAAGUGGCUGCUUCUGGCCAGACGUGAGCCACAGAAUGCUAGUCCAAACUGGAACAUCAUGGUGCAUUCCUACUACGUCAUUGUCCCUUCCAACUCCGCCACUCUACUUGUGAAAGCAGUUGCCAUCAGAGAGCUCUUGCUGCCGUCAGCCUUCCCGGCCCUCCUGACAGAACAUCCCGAGAGAGUGCGGGGCCCUAUAGAGAGUGCCCUGAACAGCUUGGAAGUGGAAGUUACUUAUAACCCUUUGCACCUAAAAAGCAACCUCUACAAAUACCUUAAGAGCAUGUUGUACAAACCCCUGCACAGGCAGCCAGCCCAGCCCCGGGACCUGCGGCAGGAGCGGCACCAGCCCAAGCAGCAGCAGAGCAGAGCCAGAGCCGCGGUUGCACCGCUUCUGAUGGCCCCUUCUCCUGCCCCAGCGUUCAGAUCAGCAGUGGCAAGGAGAGGCUCCUGCGAGCCCUCUCCGCUCCCCAAAGAGGAUGAUGAGUUCCUGCACUGAACCCCAGGGCGCUGCUUGAGCCUGCUCACAUGCAGGCACAGCUCGGCCUCCUGCUCAGCUGCCACCGUCCCGGAAGUGGUCAGGCAAGACACUACUAGGUUGGGCAGACAGGCACUUCCCGUCAUUUGUUCCUCCUUGUUGUUUUAUGGUUUGGUUACUCACCAAGGCAGCCAACGGGAAUCCUGCAUCUCCGGGGCCUUCUGUCCAGAGAUCCCGCUGUCCCUCACAGCGCCCAGUGUUUCCUGUUCUUGUCAAACGUUGGUUUCUGAGAUGGGGCUAGCAUAGGCCGCAAACCACAGAUUGCUGUCAGCGGGUGCAGAAAAGCUGCAAGCAGAGCCGUGAGGAAAUCAGACAGAUAAAUAAAGCAGGCAGUAACAUCAAGCUGUCUUGAUCCCACAGGAGCAGCUUCAGCAGAGUGAAUAGGGCAUAAAACAGGGCUUUUGCAUUUAAUCUUAAAGCCCUGAAUGCUCCUGCAAGCAGCACUCACUACCCACAGUGAUGCUGAAUUGCUUGCUUCCAUAACCAGUCUCCCUGACCAACUGCCCCAUUCAUGAGGGUGUUGUAGCAAGUGCCGAGCCAGCUCUAACUCCCAUCUGGCUCUGACACAGGCACAGCGCAGUGCAGCCGGAGCUGCAGCACAGCACCUCUCUCCCAGCCAGCUGCUGCAUGGAUGCACUACUCCCCAUGGUCCGUCCGUGCCUGUGGGGCUGUACUUUUUGGCAGGAUUCAGGAGGUGGGGAGAGUUGACC